UGCUCUUGAGUCUACAGGUCCCACCCCUCCUGGAACGAGAUAGUUCAGACAAGAGGAUCAGAAAGCUCCAAAGUCAGGAACCCACAGUGGGUCAAGGGACCCCUGACCAAAGGCCUCUCCCUAGAGAACCCCAGCAGAGGCUUAAGAGCCACAAGACAGAGCAGAUCCUAGAGUGGCUAUUUAUUUCUCAGGAGCAGCUGAAAACUGCUGAGUUUGAGGGGCCGUUGUCAUUCACUGAUGUGUUUGUGCACUUUACUGGGGAAGAGUGGCAACUGCUGGACCCCGCUCAGAAGCACCUGUACCGGAGUGUGACGUUGGAGAAUUAUAGCAACCUGGUGUCCCUGGGGUAUCAGCACACCAAACCUGAUGUCAUCUUCCAGUUGGAACAAGAAGAGCUGUGGAUGAUGCAGGGCCAGAAUCCAAGUCAAGGCCAUCCAGACAACGUCUGGGAAAUUGAUAAUCACAUGGAAUGGUAUCAGGAAAAUCGAGGCAAGCCUGGAAGUGUGGCAAAUUACUAUGAUUGUAUUGGAUUUGGAAACCUGUGUGUUCUUACUACAAAUUAUGUGUCUUCAAGACAGAAGCUUUAUAAAUUUGGCACACAUGGGAAGAGUUUGAAAUUUAAUACAAACUUCGGUAGUAAUUUUGGUGGAAAGAAUCCCAGUGGGUUUUAUGCACGAAGGGAAUCAUUCCUCCAUGAACAUGAACAAACUCUUUUUGGAAUAAAAUAUUGUGAAAGUAAUAAAUCAGGAAAUAUUGUCCACAAGAAGUCACAACUCAUGUGCCAACAAAGUUAUGUGAGAGGAAAACCAUUUCAGUGCAGUUACUGUGGGAAGGUCUUCAGCAGUAAAUCACACCUUGUAGUGCAUCAGCGAACUCAUGCAGAGGAAAAGGUCUGCAAAUGUGACGGACACCCCAUUGAGCAUCAGAGAAGUCAUGCAGGAGAGAAAUUACUUGAAUGCAGUGAAUGUGGGAAAACUUUCCUUGUCAGUUCACAGCUCCAUAUACAUCAGAGCAUUCACACAGGUGGGAAUCCUUAUGAAUGCUGUGAAUGUGGAAAAGUCUUCAGUAGGAAAGACCAGCUUGUUUCACACCAGAGAACUCAUUCAGGACAGAAACCUUAUGGUUGUAAUGAUUGUGGGAAAACUUUUGGGUUAAACUCACAGCUCAUUGUACAUCAAAGAAUUCAUACAGGAGAGAAACCCUAUGAAUGCAGUGACUGUCAGAAAGCCUUCAAUACAAAGUCAAACCUUCUGGUACAUCAGAGAACCCAUACAGGGGAGAAACCCUAUGGUUGUAGUGAGUGUGGGAAAGCCUUUACUUUCAAGUCUCAGCUCAUUGUACAUCAGGGGCUUCACACAGGAGUAAAGCCCUAUGGGUGCAUCCAGUGUGGGAAAGCUUUCAGUUUGAAGUCGCAGCUCAUUGUGCACCAGAGAAGUCACAUGGGAAUGAAACCCUAUGGAUGCAAUGAAUGUGGAAAAGCUUUUAGGAGCAAGUCCUACCUCAUUAUACAUAUGAGGACUCAUACAGGAGAGAAAGUUCAUGAAUGCAGUGAAUGUGGGAAAUCCUUCAGUUUUCAUUCACAACUCAUUAUACAUCAGAGGAUUCACACAGGAGAGAGCCCGUAUGAAUGCCGGGAAUGUGGGAAAGCCUUCAGUCGUAAGUAUCAGCUCAUUUCACACCAGAGAACUCAUGCAGGGGAGAAGCCCUAUGAAUGCAAUGACUGUGGAAAAACUUUUGGUUUGAAGUCACAGCUCAUUAUACAUCAAAGAAUUCAUACAGGAGAGAAACCCUAUGAAUGCAGUGAAUGUCAGAAAGCCUUUAAUACAAAGUCAAACCUUCUGGUACAUCAGAGAACCCAUACAGGGGAGAAACCCUAUGGUUGCAGGGAAUGUGGGAAAGCCUUUACUUUCAAGUCACAGCUCAUUGUACACCAGGGAACACACACUGGGGUAAAACCCUAUGGAUGUAACCAGUGUGGGAAAGCUUUCAGUUUGAAGUCGCAGCUCAUUGUGCACCAGAGAAGUCACACAGGUGUGAAACCCUAUGGAUGCAGUGAAUGUGGGAAAGCUUUCAGGAGCAAGUCCUACCUCAUUAUACACAUGAGGACUCAUACAGGAGAGAAACCACAUGAAUGUAAUGAAUGUGGGAAAUCCUUCAGUUUCAAUUCACAACUCAUUGUACACCAGAGAAUUCACACAGGAGAAAAUCCCUAUGAAUGCAGUGCAUGUGGGAAAGCUUUUAAUAGGAAAGAUCAGCUCAUUUCACAUCAGAGAACUCAUGCGGGGGAAAAACCUUAUCGGUGCAGUGAAUGUGGGAAAGCCUUUAGUAGCAAGUCAUACCUCAUUAUACACAUGAGAACUCAUUCAGGAGAAAAACCAUAUGAAUGUAAUAAAUGUGGGAAAGCCUUCAUUUGGAAGUCACUACUCAUUGUACAUGAACGAACUCAUGCAGGGGAAAACCCUUAUAAAUGCAGUCAAUGUGAGAAAUCCUUCAGUGGAAAAUUACGGCUUAUUGUACAUCAGAGAAUGCACACAAAAGAGAAACCCUAUGAAUGCAGUGAAUGUGAAAAAGCCUUCAUUAGGAAAUCUCAGCUCAUUGUACAUCAGAGGACUCAUUCAGGGGAGAAACCCUAUGGAUGUGAUGAAUGUGGAAAAGCCUUCUCUCAGAAAUCAAUUCUCAGUGCACAUCAGAGGACUCAUACUGGGGAGAAACCCUGUAAAUGCACUGAAUGUGGGAAAGCUUUCUGUUGGAAGUCACAGCUCAUUAUGCAUCAGAGAAUUCAUGCAGAUGAGAGACAUAUUGAUGAACUAAAAGUAAGAAACUUUUGCUCUAAAGUUAGUUCACAAAAAAUACAUGUAGAAGCAAAUUCGUGUAGAAGAGAAACACUAUAAAUGAAAUCAUCCCAUACACCAGAAAACUCAUUGAAUGGAAACCUUAAGAAAGGCACAGCAUGUGGAAGGGUAUCCGUAGAAAGCAGUUUUUAUACAUGAAAUACAUAAUGCUUGCCCAAAGGAACUCUACGAAUGUGGUGAACCCUAUGAAACGUCAGCUGUAAGUCAUACCUUUAAACAAAUUUAUGCAGGUGAAGAACCAUAUGAAUGGAAUGAAUGUUGGAAAUCUUUUAAAUGUUAUAAAAUUCUCAAAGAGAAAAUCUACAAGUUAAUAUAGAGUACACCUCUUUGAAAC